AUGGGAUCGGGAGGCUCGAAGAAAUCCUCCGCGAAAGCCUCUGAGCCCGUUGCCGAGAAGCCCCCAGUCCAGGUGGAAGCGGCAUCCUCAGAGAAGCCAGGCGAAGCCGCUGCAGAGAUGCCUGCAGAAGUUAAGGGUGAUGGGCCCUAUCAGAUCGUGGACCCUCCGGAGGACUUCGUGGUGGAAGGUCUCAAGGUUUGUGGCGGAGCUGUCGAAGAACAUGAGGACGUUCGCGGCGGGAAGGUAUUGCAGGUUGCCAAGCAUCCGGAGGAGCACAUGAUGCAGUACUGGCUCAAAGUUGAGUAUGGACCUUCGGAAAUCGCCUUCGUCCACAUGCUCAUGAGUUGCGGCUGGAGCUCCAAUCACGUGCUCCGAAACGUCGGCGAUGCCUCUUUUCCUCCAGACCCCCCAAGCUUGCCACAGCCAGAAGCGGAUGCCCCAGAAGCUCCAGCGGCGGAUGUCGAAGUUCUUACUGGAGAGGAGCUCUACACGAUCGCAGAUCCUCCCGAAAGCUUUGUGGUUCAGGGCCUCCAGUCCUGCGCCGGAAUGCUUUCUGAACGCGAAGACCUACAGAACGGUAAGGUGGCGAAGGUGGCCAAGCACCCGUCGGAGGGCGUCAUGCGAUAUUGGCUUCAGGUGGAGUAUGGAGAUCGGACCGCCUUCGUUCACAUGCUGAUGAGCUCCGGAUGGACUUCCAACCUGCUCAUCGAGGAUGUCGGUGAUGCAGACUUUCCUCCGGACCCUCGCAAUCUCCCAAGCUCCAAGCCCGUGGUGCCACUUCCGGACUUGAAGCCGGCGGACUACGAGCAGGCACCCCGUCUUUAG